UGUAAAUAAGUAUACAUUAAGAAGUUAAGGACAGAAUGGGCUGUCAAUCGGGUAUAUAGACGUACAGUAAACACAGGUAUGAUUACAGGUGUGACAAUACCAAUCUAUGCCUGUCUGAUUAAUAUGGAGUUCUGCCUCGACGAUUCCCGUUACAUCUAAAUGGCUGUUACUUCACGUCCCUGUAGCACCAGUAUAAAGAACCCAGACUUCGUAAGAAAGGCGGACUUGUCGUGUUUACUCGGAGAGUGAAUGCCAUAUUAAUUGAUUGUGAAUGGAGGUACGAUGUGGGAUUGAUAAAUAUAUGGUCCCUUUAAUAUCGUAUAUGACACACGCCCCGUGAGUUGAGAAGGCCGGGUGAGUCUCCCUCAGUCCCACAUUGACCGGGUCGUGUCCCGCUCCUCGGACCAACGCUGCAGAAUACACACGACAGUGGGAGGGUUAACCGAUAUCACGGUUUAACUUAAACACACAAACCUGACAAAUACUUAACGUUUACUUUGUAUAUUAUUAUAAAUACACGAGGUGAAAGCCUGGGAUUUAACGGACGUGUAUUACCUCGGUCGUGUAGAGAUCACCUGUUUUGAUUGAUGUGUGAAAUAUUGAAGACUGUUUUUAUUGAAACUUAUCGUUAGUUCUCUUACACAGUGAACGAGAACAGCAUGUUUGGGGAUCGAACCGCAAUCUUCAUCUGGGUCUAAGUCGGACCAAUUCAGACAAAAAUAUGUUUUUGGAAAAUAUUUUAUUAUACGUUUUCUGGGAUACUUUUCAUUACAACUGUGACAAGUGUUUGUUAGUGUGAGUACAGCUCUCCAGAAUGGCUGAUGAGGAUGGAGGCGCCUGGUACUUCAUCACCGACAGUAACAUCAUCAAGAACUUGGACCGGAUGCCAAUCCACCACAAAAUCAACCCUUCAGACCGGAAGCGGAUAGUGCGGACAUCAUCCCGACAUUCUACGGCAAAGGCGCGUGUUUCCGUUUCCAAGGAUUUGGAGGACAGCUUCUACAUCACCAAUUCUGUGGUGCCCCCGGGCUCCGAGGGAUAUUAUGACGUCACACUUGAGAGUCCAUUCGGCUCGGACAGCGAGAAGGAAGAUAAGCCGGAGGAUGGUAAGCGGUCAGAAUGUGAGCGAGUUUAUCUUGCUGCUUGUAAGCAGUGCCGAGUGGCCCCGGGAAAGGGCGUACUACAGGGGCUAGGGUCACAGCGCUUGUCCGUCAAAGGUCUCCAGCUGACGUCACGGGAAAUUGAACCAAUCACGUAUGCUCUUACAAGAAACCACCACGUGACCACAUUGGACGUCUCAAGCAAUGAUAUCGGCAAAGAUGGCCUCAACAACAUACUGCGCAUGCUUGACGAGAACAUGUCUUUAACAAGCCUGAAUAUUUCGCACAACAACGUUGGGUCAGCUGGUGCGCGGUUAUUGAGUGAACUGAUUGCUAAUAGUAAAUUGCUGAAAACUAUAUCCGCUUCCGGUAACAAGUUUGCCGAUGAGGAUGCUUCAUGUAUAGCCGAGUCGUUGAAGGUAUCCCGUGUGUUACAGACUCUGAAUCUAAGUCAUAAUAACUUCCACGAGCGAGGAGGGGAGACACUGGCAGAGGGGAUAGAGGAGAACACGUCCUUGACCGACCUUGACCUGAGUUGGAAUCACCUUCGACUUGGUGGGGCCAUAGCCAUAGCGGAGGCCCUCAAGGAGAACAAGAUGCUGGAGAACCUCAAUAUCGCCUGGAAUGGUUUCUCUAACGCAGGCUGCAAGGUGAUAAGCGCCAGUCUCGAAGUCAACACCAAACUUCACACUCUAAAUCUCAGCAACAACCGAAUAGGAUACGAAGGAGCCAGAUCGCUCGCUAGGGCGCUUAUGACCAACCAGAAUCUCACCCAUCUACAGCUCAAUCUGAACUCCCUGUCAACACUGGGCGCAUUUGAGCUACUGGUGGCCAUUAGGGACAAUCCUGGGAGUGCAAUAGAAAAACUGGAGCUGGAGGAGGUACCAGUGUUGGCCUCAGCCCAGGCCAUAGAACAGGAAAUAAAGUCUGUCCGACCAUCCUUCAUCCUUAUACAUGACGUCGUAGUCCUUUCGGAUGACCAUCUCGCCCUCGCCAGCGUGGUCAACAAACGGAAGGUCGUCAAGAGUUGAUGACGUUAGGAACACAUUCUAAGAUCUCAACGAUAGGGGUCACGUGACAUUGCCAAUAGUGGUCGUGUGAUUACACCUAUUAGGUUUAUGUAAUACAUCAGGGUCACAUGAUCAUAUCACCAUCGGGGUCAUAUUACUACACUGGUAAGUGUGGUCGGAAUCAAAACCAACGGAACAAACAAUGGUCACCAAACAAAAGGGGUCCGCUGGAUUUGUUUGGAGCUGUCUAUACAGGUAACACACGUACCAGUAUAGUGGUUACACUUCGUGGACAUGUCCAAACGGAUGUUUUAUAUGAUAACUGGAGGUUUAUUGGCAAGGCAUGGAUGAUGGUACGGAUGGAUGACAGAACAACACGCAAGGGACAUUGUUAAAUUGUAAUUUUUGAUAUGGUGACGCAGUGCUGUCUACAGAACGAAUUGGCCAUAUCUUGGUGCUAAUGGGCAGUGUUUUCUGAGAUUAAAAAAAAAUACGUCAUAAUCUGUGUAUCUUUAAUAACGUGUGAUGUCAUGUAUGUUAUUACGUGUGACGUCAUAUAUAUGUUAUUUACCUGUGACGUCAUAUAUAUGUUAUUACCAGUGACGUCACAUCUGAAUUUACAUGUGAAGUGAUAUCUGUUAUUCCUGUGAUGUCAUAUAAAUAUUAUUACCUGUGAUGUAAUGUGGUAUCACUCACUUGUGAUGUCAUAUAUGUUAUUACCUGUGACGCCAGUUCAAUUGCUGUUGAUGUAAUGUCGAAAUAAAUUAAAUGCG